AUGGGCGCCGACGACUACUCUCCCCCUUCCACUGAUAUCAUUACCUUGACACGACAUGUGUUGACCGAAGGCUUUAAGCUCAGGCAGACUAGUGCUGCCAGUGGUGAUCUUACCAUCUUGCUCAGCUCGCUUCAGACCACCUGCAAGUUCAUCGAGAGCAAUGUCCGAAAGGCCAGCUUGAUCAACCUCAUCGGAGCUGCUGGAAACACAAACGUUCAGGGCGAAGACCAAAAGAAGCUCGAUGUUCUCUCCAACGAAAUCAUGAUUAACGCAUUGCGUGCCUCGGGCAAAGCCGCCGUCCUUGUCUCCGAAGAGGACGACGAGGCCAUCUUUGUCGGCGAAAAGCAACAAGGUGUCACCUUUGAAUCCACCAAGGGCAAGUACUGUGUCGUCUUCGACCCAUUGGACGGUUCCUCCAACAUCGACGCCGGUGUCAAUAUCGGUACCAUCUUCGGCAUCUACCUCGUCCGUGACGGAUCCAAGGGUACUCUCGAAGACGUUUUGCGUCCCGGUCGUGAGAUGGUCGCUGCUGGUUACUGUAUGUACGGAUCCUCGGCCAACUUGGUCUUAACAACGGGUAACGGUGUGAAUGGAUACACGCUUGAUAACCAGAUUGGAGAGUUCAUCUUGACUCACCCCAACAUUCGAUUGCCAAGCCGCGGUAAGAUCUACUCGAUCAACGAGGGUAACAGCAUGUAUUACCACGAGCCUGUUCUGAAGUAUUUGGACAGCAUCAAGUUCCCCAAAGGUGAAGGUGCGAAGCCUUACUCGGCUCGUUAUAUCGGAUCGAUGGUGGCGGAUGUUCACAGGACGUUGCUGUAUGGUGGUAUCUUUGGAUACCCUGAUGACAAGAAGUCUAAGGCAGGAAAGUUACGUAUGCUGUACGAGGCUUUCCCGAUGGCCUUCCUCACUGAACAGGCUGGCGGUUUGGCCACGACCGGUACAGAGCGUAUCCUCGACAUUCAGCCUACCAGCAUUCACCAGCGCUGCCCCGUCUUCCUUGGCUCGAAAGAGGACGUUGAGGAUCUCAUGAAAUGCUACCAGUGA